AUGGGGAUAGAACGCGAUGGCGUCACCGAACGUGACAGGAAAUGUUAUGUUGCUAAUUUUCAGCCGAUAAAGGCACAACAACUUCCACUGCUCCGACGGUCAAAGAUGGCCUACCCUAAGUCCCACAACCCAUUUGCCGACGAUGAUGAUGAUGAAGAUUUCAAACCCAAAAAUAGGGGAUUCAAUGAUGAAUAUGAUGACAGUGGGUUGAGUGAAGCAGAGAGGAGGCAGCGGUACCUCCAGCAGGAAAUGAUGCGUACAGCUCAGUCUGCUGUGGACAGCAGUAACCGCUCCCUUGGCCUAAUUUAUGAGUCAGAGAAGAUUGGUGCAGAAACCGGAGAGGAGCUGAUACGUCAGGGGCAAGUCCUGAAAAGAACAGAAAAGAUGUUGGACAACAUGGACGAGGACCUUAAGACUAGCCAGAAGCACAUUAACAGCAUCAAAAGUGUGUGGGGUGGCCUUGUCAAUUACUUCAAGGGGAAACCAGAGACCAAGCCUCCACCUGAGGAGCCUAAGGUCUACCAGGGGGACGAUAGACUACAAAGUGCCUUGUCCAGCAGCAGAGAGUAUGAAGAUAAGUACCAAGCCAGCCAUCCAAACCUAAGGCAUUUAAAUACAGGAGGAUUUGGAGCUUCUGCAUCGAUAGAUGACAGCUCAUCUCUGCAGAAUGGAUACCCUCAAAACAGACACCUAAAGGAGGCACACCAGACCCUGGACAAAAACUUAGAUGAGAUGUGCAGCGGCUUGAGUAGACUGAGGGAACUCGGACUUGGGCUCCAGUCUGAGAUCGAUGCACAGGACGACUCCAUUGAUGCUCUGCUGAAUAGAGUGGACAAGAUGGAUAGCAAGAUUCACAAUACAAACCAACAGAUUAAAAAACUCAAAUGAAACAAACACUUGGACUCAUUUCAUAGGAACAGAAGACAGAAGCAGGUCGUCCCCUCUUUGAUGUCCAUCCUGGCCUGUGUUGAAUAAACUAUGUUUAAAACCAUGUAUCGCUAACAGACAAGCACGUUAACAUGCUUAACUUCAUCGUUUUCUCACAGAAUGACUGGCAAGUCAUUUUUACUUCAUAUUAAAUCCAUGUUUAUUUAGUGAAUCCUCCAGCCACAUCAAUAUGUUACUUAUGUUUAGAAGGGAAGACUCUAUACCACGUGUGUAGUGAUGUAAGGGACGGUUUCUGUAAAGAUAAAAUCUGUUGUAUUUCCUCCGUCUUACCCCACUGCACCUCAGUCUGAAUGUAGAAUAUCACCAAAGAUUUACCAUUAGUUACUAGUUCAUCAUAGUUUGUUCAUCAUUCAGGCUAAUCAGAGAAAUGACUCCACUGAUUCACAAAGCAGAUUGGUCUUAAAUCACAUUUCUUUGUGUGUAUAAUUCAUAUGUCAGUGUUAACUGGAAUUACUGGCCCUGCCUUCACGUACAAACACCACACCUUGGAUGUCCAGCUCAGCUCACUUUUGCCUUACAUAUUUUAUAUAUUUGUAUGUUCAAUACAAUAGCUUAGUCCUGUGCCAUGAUUCCCUCUCCACUGUUGAAUUUCCUGUUAAGAUGCUUCACUUUGUUUAAACAGUCAGUUCAUUUGUUUGAAGUAUGUCUAUACUCAUUCUUUGCUUUUAUAUGGAAGCCAGAAGUGGAUAUACAUUUGUUCAUUUCUUUUACUCCAUUUUCCUGUGAUCUUGUAUUCUCAGUUUCUCUAGAAAUUAACACAUCGACUUGGAAAAAACAGUAAACUUAUCCCAAGGUAACAAAAUACAUAAGUCAAAAUGUCAAGAACACAGCUAAAACAUACAACUACAGAAAAAUGGAGUAAAAUCAAACUUAUGGCUGUUUGUUCGCCUUGGGCUUCCAUAAUUUCUGUAGCAUUAUAUAAAAAUGUUUAUAUUGAGAAAUGUAUGAGAUAUUACAAAAUGUGAUUAAGUGAGUUUAUGUACAAUGAAAAAUGUGAACAUGCUAUCUGUGAAUAAGAAAUGAGUCUGAUGAAUACGCCUUUAAUUAUUACUGUAUAUCUCCCCGGGGGUACAUUUAUGUGUACAUAAAUCAUUUGAAAGGUUUUGCAAUUAAAUUUAUGUUACUCUGAUAAAACUGUUAAAAAAAGAAAAUAAAAAGAUUUACGAUUUAUUCUUAUCCAAAAUACAAACCCAAUAAAACAUCUAUAAGUGGA